GGGCUUUCGUUUCUCCUCCCUUCUCGGUUGUUAGGAGGGGGCCUGGCUCCAGCUGCUCAGUACUGAACAGGUGAAAAUGUCCACUAUGACCCAGAAGUAUUUCCCGGAAGGUCAGGCCUACUCUGUUCCCCUCAUCCAGCCUGACCUCCGCAGGGAGGAAGCUAUUCAUCAGAUAGCGGACACACUUCAAUAUCUGCAAAAAAUCUCAGGUGACAUCUUCAACAGGAUCUCCCAACAAGUGGAAGCCAGCCGGGCACAACUACGAGCAAUCAAUGAGCGGGUCACCCUUGCCCAAGCCAAAAUUGAGAAGAUAAAGGGCAGCAAGAAGGCUAUUAAGGUGUUUUCCAGCUCCAAAUUCCCUGCCCCAGAACGGCUGCAAGAAUAUGCUUCCAUCUUCGCUGGCGCUCAGGAUUCAGAGGCACAGAAACAACCGAGGCACAAAAUUCAGAGCAAGCACAGACCCUUGGAUGAGAAGUCCUUACAGGAGAAGUUGAAGUACUUCCCGGUUUCAGUUACCACCAGAGUCCACCAUGAAGAUGAUGCAGAAGAAGGCCUGGGCAGUCUUCCCAGAAACAUUAGCUCCCUCAGCUCCCUGUUGCUCUUCAACACCACCGAGAACCUGUAA